ACCUCGUCGUCACCUCGUCGUCGAGCUGUUUACAGUCACGUGACACGAUGUUUUGCACAACCAACUUCAAUUUAGGAGUUCGUUCGGAAACCUUACCCGUAGGAUAGAGUAUCCUUUAAUUAACCAAUCAGGAAAAAAGAUCAUUGAUAAUUAUUUACAACAUUAAUUAUUUACAACAUUAAUAUUUUCUAUAUAAAUGUUCAAUUAUCGAUCUAAUUAUAUAAAAAAAAUAAAAUGAACGAACAAGAAGAAUUUAUCGUUUGUGUACCGGGUCAAAGAUUAUGUGUAUCUGAUAAAGUUAAUAUAGCCGGACCUGGAACAUACGAGCAGCAGGGUUAUAUUUAUUCGAAACUUGCUGGCAAUGUGAAAUUAAUAACAAACGAAAAAACUCGUACGAUUGAGGUACACGGUAUAACGGAGCAGAGUAUCGUUCCUGCACCAGGGGAUAUUGUGACAGCUGUAGUUACUAUAGUUAAUCAGAGAUUUUGUAAAUGUAGCAUCAAGUGUAUAGGCGACAUAGUAUUGACAAGACCUUAUAGAGGAAUAUUAAGAAAAGAAGAUGUUCGAGCAGUUGACAAAGAUAGACUAGAAAUGUAUAAAUGCUAUCGACCUGGAGAUAUUAUUCUUGCAAGAGUUAUGCCAAUGACAGAAGCACAUACUUAUCAAUUGAGUACUGCGGAAAAUGAACUAGGAGUUGUUAUAGCACAUAGUGAAGAAGGUGUAGCAAUGGUACCAAUCAGUUGGACACAAAUGCAAUGUCCAAAGUCUUUGUGUAAAGAAUUCCGGAAAGUUGCUAAAGUUGUACCAGAACAUGUUGUGGCAGAACAUAAUGAAAAAUAAGAGACUUACAAGUAAUACAUUAUUUUUUCUAUUGCAAAGAAUUUUUGGCUAUAAAAUAAUUUAUAUGUAAAGAAUUUAUAUGUAUAAGUGAACAAACAUUAUUAUAAAACUUAUUUUUUAUGUUGAUGUUAUUGGAAAUAAUAGAUCAAUAAUUUGCAGAAGUAAAUAAAAGUUCUUGACCAUCUCAA